AUGAUAAAACUGGUUUGGAUCUUACAGAACGCCAGCAAAAACAGAGGAAUAUACCUCAGGUCGCUACCAGCGCUCAGAUUCACCUCCGUACAGAUUCACCUCCUCACCUCCGUACAGAUUCACCUCCUCACCUCCGUACAGAUUCACCUCCGUACAGAUUCACCUCCGUACAGAUUCACCUCCGUACAGAUUCACCUCUGUACAGAUUCACCUGCUACAGAUUCACCUCCAUACAGAUUCACCUCCGUACAGAUUCACCUCCGUACAGAUUCACCUCCGUACAGAUUCACCUCCAUACAGAUUCACCUCCGUACAGAUUCACCUCUGUACAGAUUCACCUCCGUACAGAUUCACCUCCGUACAGAUUCACCUGCUACAGAUUCACCUCCAUACAGAUUCACCUCUGUACAGAUUCACCUGCUACAGAUUCACCUCCGUACAGAUUCACCUCCGUACAGAUUCACCUCCGUACAGAUUCACCUCCGUACAGAUUCACCUCCGUACAGAUUCACCUCCAUACAGAUUCACCUCUGUACAGAUUCACCUGCUACAGAUUCACCUCCGUACAGAUUCACCUCCGUACAGAUUCUCCUCACCUCCGUACAGAUUCACCUCCGUACAGAUUCACCUGUACAGAUUCACCUCCGUACAGAUUCACCUCCGUACAGAUUCACCUCCGUACAGAUUCACCUCCGUACAGAUUCACCUCCGUACAGAUUCACCUCCGUACAGAUUCACCUGCGUACAGAUUCACCUCCAUACAGAUUCACCUCCGUACAGAUUCACCGGCUACAGAUUCACCUCCGUACAGAUUCACCUCCGUACAGAUUCACCUGCGUACAGAUUCACCUCCGUACAGAUUCACCUACGUACAGAUUCACCUCCGUACAGAUUCACCUGCUACAGAUUCACCUCCGUACAGAUUCACCUCCGUACAGAUUCACCUCCGUACAGAUUCACCUCCGUACAGAUUCACCUCCGUACAGAUUCACCUCCGUACAGAUUCACCUGCUACAGAUUCACCUGCAGAUUCACCUCCGUACAGAUUCACCUCCUCACCUCCGUACAGAUUCACCUCCGUACAGAUUCACCUCCGUACAGAUUCACCUCCGUACAGAUUCACCUCCGUACAGAUUCAUCUCCGUACAGAUUCACCUCCUCACCUCCAUACAGAUUCACCUCCGUACAGAUUCACCUCCGUACAGAUUCACCUCCGUACAGAUUCACCUCCGUACAGAUUCACCUCCGUACAGAUUCACCUCCGUACAGAUUCACCUCCGUACAGAUUCACCUCUGUACAGAUUCACCUCCGUACAGAUUCACCUGCUACAGAUUCACCUCCGUACAGAUUCACCUCCGUACAGAUUCACCUCCGUACAGAUUCACCUCCGUACAGAUUCACCUCCGUACAGAUUCACCUCCGUACAGAUUCACCUGCUACAGAUUCACCUCCGUACAGAUUCACCUCCGUACAGAUUCACCUCCGUACAGAUUCACCUCCGUACAGAUUCACCUCCGUACAGAUUCACCUCCGUACAGAUUCACCUCUGUACAGAUUCACCUCCGUACAGAUUCACCUCCGUACAGAUUCACCUGCUACAGAUUCACCUCCAUACAGAUUCACCUCUGUACAGAUUCACCUGCUACAGAUUCACCUCCGUACAGAUUCACCUGCUACAGAUUCACCUCUGUACAGAUUCACCUCCGUACAGAUUCACCUCCGUACAGAUUCACCUCCGUACAGAUUCACCUCCGUACAGAUUCACCUGCUACAGAUUCACCUGCUACAGAUUCACCUCCGUACAGAUUCACCUCCGUACAGAUUCACCUCCGUACAGAUUCACCUCCGUACAGAUUCACCUGCUACAGAUUCACCUCCUCACCUCCAUACAGAUUCACCUCCAUACAGAUUCACCUCCGUACAGAUUCACCUCCGUACAGAUUCACCUCCGUACAGAUUCACCUCCGUACAGAUUCACCUCCUCACCUCCGUACAGAUUCACCUGUACAGAUUCACCUCCUCACCUCCAUACAGAUUCACCUCCGUACAGAUUCACCUCCUACAGAUUCACCUCUGUACAGAUUCACCUCCAUACAGAUUCACCUCCGUACAGAUUCACCUCGUACAGAUUCACCUCCGUACAGAUUCACCUCCGUACAGAUUCACCUCCACAGAUUCACCUCCGUACAGAUUCACCUCCAUACAGAUUCACCUCCGUACAGAUUCACCUCCGUACAGAUUCACCUCCGUACAGAUUCACCUCCGUACAGAUUCACCUGCGCACACAUGCACACAUUCACACAAACACAUUGUCACAGAGACAUCCUUAA